AUGAGUCUAUAUUACCCCCGUCCAACCCUCACUGAGCAAAACUUUCCGGACCAGCUUGGGAAGGUAUUUGUCGUAACCGGCAGCUCAAGCGGCUUUGGAAUGGAGCUUGCCAAGCUUUUGUACCAACGACACGCGAAAGUGUACAUUGCUGUUCGUUCCGAGGCGAAGGCUCUUGCUGCUAUUGAGGAAAUACGAAAUGCGUUUCCACAGUCAAAAGGUAAGCUUGUGUAUCUGCAUCUCGACCUGGCCGAUCUCGUGUCCGUCAAGCUGUCGGCACAGGAGCUUCUCAUCAAUGAGAGCCGCCUGGAUGUGCUCUGGAACAACGCCGGUGUCAUGGUACCUCCGGAGGGCUCCAAGACGACCCAGGGCUACGAGCUUCAACUCGGAGUUAAUGUCAUCGCCGCCUGUAUGUUCGCGCUGUGUCUACGCCCGCUUCUGGCCGCCACUGCAGCAAAAGCACCCAAGAACUCGGUACGAGUAGUUUGGGUGUCCUCGAUAGCCGCUAAGACAGCACCAAAGCCGGCGGUUGAUUUGAUGAACAUGUGGAACGAGGUUUAUGAUGAAAAGCAGUGGAUAAAGUAUUGCAGAAGCAAGGCUGGCACGAUUUUGAUCGCGGCCGAAUUUGGAAAACGAGUGGCGAGCGAAGGCAUCAUUAGCAUUAGCCUUGAGCCCGGUAUAGCCAGAACAGAACUUCAGCGUUCUGCACCAGCAUAUCAGAGAUUAUUAGUAAGCAUCGCAGGGUAUGACCCGAAAAAAGGCGCAUAUACCGAGCUUUUUGCUGGCCUAAGCUCCAAGAUCACAGUUGAUAACCAGGGGCUUUGGGUCGUUCCAAUCGGACGAUUGCAGACUUACCGCAAAGACUUUCUCGACGAGGAGCUGCGAAGAAAGUAUUAUGAAUGGAUCGAUACACAGAUCAGUCCCUUCAAAUAG